AAAGGAUUCGUGCUCCAGGGGGGUCAAAAUCUAUAGGAGCAUGCGUUCCGUAGCCAUGUUGGCUCAAGCAUUUGUGUUGCUCGAGCUGCUUUCGCUCAAGCGUUGUCGCUCAAGAGUACCUCGUCCGAUAACCGUGGCACCAAUCGCCAGUUGCAGCACCGCGGGCCCAGGCAUGUCCCACGAGCUGAGCGAGCAGCGGGCCAAGCACCCCGCGGAGCAGAGGACGCAGUCGACCCUCUUACCCGGGCCGGAGCGGGAGGAUCUGCCCGACUGCUCCUCGACGGGGACGGCUCUGCAGUCGCAGGUGGUCUGCAUGCCCUGCGGCGCGGCGCCCCUCGGGACGGCCUGCGCCCGCGGCGCGCUCGGGGAGCAGUGGCUGCAGGCCGCAGCCGAGCUGCCGCUCGAGGCUGCCGCGCGCCUGCUCCGCGUGGUGGACGUGGACCUGGCGGACGAGCUCGGCCGAGUCUCGUCACUGCUGCGUCGCGUGGUGGUCGACACGGCGUCGGUUCUCGCCAGCUCGGGCCGCGCGGCCCGGGGCAUCGCAGACGGGGCGCUGCCCAUGCUACGCGCCGCGCUCGCCUCCUCGAGAGCGAAGAGGACAGCCGUGGCCAACUCGGUCGGCAUUGCCCAGGGCUUAGUCUUAGAGCCUCGCGACGAGGCGGCGCAGGUUCUUGACAGCUACGUGCUCUUGAUCGAGCGGGUCCACUACGUCCACCGCUGUCUCCUCGUCACCAUUGACAGCCAUGGCGCGGAAGGGGAUGCGGGUGUGGGUGCCGAGGCGAUGGAGGGGCUGCGAGAAGGUAAAGCAGGUUUUUCGCAAGACGGCGCUGGACCUAGCGGGCACGGCGUCGGCGAGGCGCUGGGCAUCGCGCUCGUGCACCUGGACGAGGCGAUCGACGCCCUGGAAGAGUGCUCGGACCGCUGGCGCAUGCUGCGGCGCACGGAGCGCCUGCUCGCAAGCGUGGCCGAGUGCGCGCAGGACAUCCGCGGGCGGCUGCUGUCGGGGCCGAGGAUCUUCGACAUACAGCCCGGCUUCGAGCCCUUCGUCGCCUCCUUGGAGCAGCUCUGCGAGCUGUGCUGCCCCAGAGACUCGGCUGCGGCCCCUGGGCCCCAGCACGUCCUUCGCAGUCAGGGCGCAGAUGCCGAGGUGGGCCCCCGCGUCUCGGACGGCAGCUGCGGCUUCGAGACGGCCUCGUCCUUGGCGAGGAGCAGGCCCCGGAGUUGGCUGCUCAGCGACGCCUGACCCUCGCGCACGGCCCUGGCAGGCUCGGGAGUGCCCGCGCUGGUCGAUGGCUUGGCCUUGUGCGCUCGCACGGCUGUGCCGCAGACGCCAAAAGCCCUUGUCUUCUACAGGCCUGUCCCUCUACAGGGGGGGAAUUCAAAAAUAAUCCCCCUGUAGGGGGACAGGCCCGACCUAUGCUAUGCCAGUCUGUUCUGCCGUUGCUCCCAGACUCUCUCACUCUUCCCGACUCUGACUCUCGCCGUCAUGAUGCUGCUCGGUGAAGUUCCUGGGCGUGGUACUGCUUCCAGCCUCUCUCCCUCUUCCCGACGCUGCCUCGGGGGCAGCACAGGGCACUCCUCUUCCUCAUCCUCCGCCCCCUCACUCCUCAUGGUGCUUAUUGAUGGUUGCGCUCCUGGGCUUCAGUCACCGCUGCCCGGCUGGCGGCGGCCUGGAGCCCGGGCGUCAGCCAGGGUGCCCAUCUUGAUCUGAUAUCACCGAGCGGAGCGGUGAGUCCGCUGCAGAGGCGGCCGCAGCACGUGCAAGGGGGCGAGCGCGGCGGGGGCGUGCGAGGGAAGUGAAGGAUGAGUGACACCACCGUGAGUCAGGUGUCCCAGAGUCGGCAUGUGCUUGGAUCACGUGGAAGGCGCCUUCUGUUCACUGCCUCUCAUGCUGGCUCGCAGUUUUUGCGCGCGCGCGCCCCCUCGCACGGCCGAAAGGGUGAUGUCUCCCCUGCGGUGACAGAUGCUCAGGGGCCGCCAUCCUUUGGCACUGUUUGUGCGUCAGGGCACGGGGUGGAACUUGCCCUCCCCGUCCCUGGCCCUUCGGCUCACCAGGCCGCCCCCUUUUGGCCCUGGUGCGUGCCGUGGCGGACCUUUUUUCCGCCUGCAGGCUCUCUCCCCCCGCCGUAGGGUGCCCUCAAAAAAAAUUGUGCGCGCGCCGGAAUUCUGUCUCCGUAUUUUAGCUUCCAGCCAGCGGGCCCCAUUCUGUCAUGGCACAGAAGGACGCCUGCUCAGAACAUCCUCGCAGCGCGUGCCGCUCCGCCAAUCCUUCACCGCGCAGCGUCUGGAGGCAACAAAGGCCCGGUGCUGCGGCGCGGCGGCAGCGGGAGGCACGCACGCUGUUCAGAGUCGAUCGCGCUGUUCACUGCGGGGGGCAACGGGGGGGGAGCAAGGUAAGCAGGGCGCACAUACAGGAUCCACUGGCCAACUGGCCACAUCUGCGAGCCCCUCGGGGGUGACACGGUCGCUCUCCUUUUCCAGUUAUAUACAGUUAGGCACAUGUUCGCCCAAUCUAGCUAGCGGCGACACGUUCUUCAUAUUUCAUGUGUCAGAGUAUAGCGCAUCUGGUCCCCGCAUCAAUGGAGAUGCCACCUGCGCCCAGGCGUGUCGGCUGCCAGGCUGAGUUGUAGCCGACGUUCAGCAGCUAUCAGCUUACAAAUUUGUGUCCAUCUACAUUCACGGGCUGGUUGCUCAUUCUCCCGAUUAUCAUCCCUUCUGUUUCUAUACUCUCCAUGCCCUUACUUGUAAUUGUCUUGCAGCUGAGAUAUGUCAGCGGGUCGCUCCACAUGCCAACCGCACACGGGCGUAUCAGUUUCUCGGGCCGACUUGAAGGUCAGCUCCGGUCGCGGACAUUCCAUACGUUUUGUUUUAGGAGCUGAUGGCUGCUUCUGCUCCCUCCUGGUCCCUGUUCCCUCGUCGCCAUAGGUAUGUCUGCCCCCUGCCUCCGUGCUCGAUUGUUCGCAAGCAGGGAUUGCAGCCCCAGCGCACCAAGGAGGACCGUCGCUCGCCGGGCGCGUUGAGCUGCCCGGCUGCGUCGUCGAAGGCGCCACCUGCGGCCAGGUCAACGGCCUGUGGCACCCAGAUUCCAGACUGGCCGUUCUCGUUCCGACGAUUCUGAUGAUUCUGUUGGUGAUUUCGACG